ACCGCCACUGCAUUUCACGAAGAUCCGAUGAAAGAUAGCAGGAUAUUGCAAUAAGAGGGCAAGAGAGAGAGGUGGGUGCAGAAUGACGCUGAUUCUGGGCUAUUGAUCUCUCCCUCCCCUCUAUAUGGGGUCAGUAGUUUGAUCAGAGAGCGCGCAGGAUCACACAGAAGAGCCACACACGCGCUUUUGUAAAAUGAAACGGUGCAUAUAGAGCCAUCCAACAGGACACUCAUCACCAAUCCGAUCCCGUCUGUCUCUAACCUGAUGACGGGAAAUAAUAAGAUUAUCCAGCAGGACAGGAGAGCAACACGUGAUAUUUCGGGAGAAAAGUAACUGGUGUGGACUGACAGAUGAUGGUGCGCUCGAGAUCAACGGAUAUGACCAUGAAUCCGUUCAGAAUCUCCGUGCUGAUGGUGUUCCUCUUCGCAACUGUUCAUAUCUCGUGCCCAUCGCAGUUCCCCAGUCCGCUCAUGAUAAAAGAAUGGGUAGAUCAGCUGCAGCAGGAGCUGGUUUCUCUAGCAGACACAGCCAGCGCGGGGAAUAAUCUAAGACAGAUCUUUAUGGAUAAUCAGAAUUAUUUCACUUUGAAAACAAAUAAUGCGGCACAGCUUGUGGAAACAGCGGCACGGAAUAUAGAAGAUUUUUUGAAGAAGCGAGCCACAGCUCUAGAGACUUUGGCAACCGCAGCUGAGAAUUUCCAAAUGGAGCAUCAAUGGAAAGAUGAAUUUGAAGAAGAUGAUAUAGUUUACUAUAAUGCCAAGGAUAAUCUUGAAGCCAAUGAAACAGAAGGAAGAAAAAACCGGAUCAGACCUGAAUUUAAGGAAGACCCGUCAUUCAAAAACCGCCUCACCUCCUACAACCAUACAGCUGUGCAUAUCCCCACAGACAUAUAUGACGGCUCAACCAUUGUGUUAAAUGAGCUGAACUGGACUGAAGCGUUGGAGGAUGUCUUUAAGAAAAACCGAGAAGAGGAUCCAACGCUACUAUGGCAAGUGUUCGGCAGUGCUACUGGAUUAGCUCGCUAUUACCCAGCUUCCCCUUGGAUGGAUGCCAGGAAAACACCCAGUAAAAUCGACCUGUAUGAUGUGCGCCGGCGACCUUGGUAUGUUCAAGGUGCCGCUUCGCCCAAGGACAUGCUGAUUCUUGUUGAUGCGAGUGGAAGUGUGUCUGGACUGACCCUUAAAUUGAUCCGAACUUCUGUCAGUGAAAUGCUGGAGACACUUUCUGAUGAUGAUUAUGUCAAUGUUGUCCAUUUUAACACAAAAGUGAAUAACACAGCGUGUUUCGACCACCUGGUUCAAGCUAACGUUCGCAAUAAGAAGAUCUUAAAAGAUGCAGUGCAGAACAUCACAGCCAAGGGAAUCACCAACUAUACCAAAGGCUUCGAAUUUGCCUUCAGUCAGCUGUCAAAUCCAAACAUCACCAGAGCAAACUGCAACAAGAUCAUAAUGUUAUUUACUGAUGGGGGCGAGGAGAGGGCAGAGGAGGUCUUUAGCAGAUACAACAUUGACAAAAAGGUACGUGUGUUCACAUUCUCUGUGGGUCAACACAACUAUGACACCGGGCCAAUAAAGUGGAUGGCCUGCGCUAAUAAAGGAUAUUUCUACGAAAUCCCAUCCAUUGGAGCCAUACGCAUAAACACACAGGAGUAUCUAGAUGUUAUGGGCAGGCCGAUGGUCCUUGCAGAUGCCAAGCAGGUGCAGUGGACCAACGUGUACCUGGAUGCUCUGGAGUUGGGCCUAGUCGUCACUGGUACGCUACCUGUGUUCAACAAGACCAAAUCCAGGGAGGGCGGAUCUGGAAACCAGCAUCAGAACCAGUUGAUUUUAGGAGUGAUGGGGGUGGAUGUGUCUCUCGAUGAUAUUAAAAGACUGACGCCCCGCUUCACAAUUGGUCCUAAUGGAUAUUAUUUCGCAAUCGAUCCUAACGGUUACGUGCUGCUCCAUCCAAACUUGCAACCAAAGAACCCCAAAUUCCAGGAGCCUGUUACACUGGAUUUUCUGGAUGCAGAGCUGGAAAAUGAUAUUAAAGUCCAGAUACGGACUCUGAUGAUUGACAGAGACCCUGGGGAGAAAACAAUAGACACGCUUGUUAAAUCUCAGGAUGAGAGAUACAUUGAUCGAGGAAUCAGGACGUACACCUGGGCGCCGGUUAACGGGACAGACUACAGCCUGGCCUUGGUUUUGCCUGAAUACAGUCUGAAUUACAUCGAGGCAAACCUGGGGGACACUAUAAAACUAACAAUGUCCUUUGAAACCAUGAAGCAGGAGAAAUUUGAGGAAUAUGGGUACACCUUUAUUGCACCCAGGGAAUACUGCAAGGACCUUAAAGUCUCAUCCAACAACACCCAAUUUUUGGUGGACUUCAAUGAGUACAUUGACAGGAAAACUUCAAAUCAUUCUCUGUGUAAUCUCACUCUUGUAAACCGGUUGCUGCUGGAUGCCUGUCUCACGGCAGACCUCGUCAAAGUCUGGAAGGAUCAGAAUGUAGAUGGAGUUUUGGCCCGGUUUGUGGCUACAGAUGGAGGCAUUACACGUGUGUAUCCUAAAAGUGCUGGGGAAGAAUGGGGUGAAAACUCUGAGACCUAUGACUCAAGUUUUUACAAAAGGAGUUUGGACAAUGACGUAUACAUCUUCACCGCCCCAUACAUCAACAAGAGCAGAGAGUCUGGUUUUGAGUCUGGUAUCCUUGUCAGUAAAGCAGUGGACUUGGACAUUAAUGGAGCAAAACUCAAACCUGCUGUGGUGGGAGUCAAACUCAACGUAACGGCCUGGAUGAACAGCUUCAUAAACGCUACCACCAAGAAAAAUUGCAAGGAUGAGAUCUGCGGGUGCCUCAGAAAUGAUAAGCAAGUGGACUGCGUGAUUCUGGAUGAUGGCGGCUUUCUGCUCAUGUCCAAUCAAGAUGAAUAUAUCACACAGAUAGGUCAGUUCUUUGGUGAAGUGGACCCUGUUCUGAUGAUUACUCUGGUCAACACCUCACUGUUCUCCUUUAAUAAAACCUACGAUUACCAAUCUGUCUGCGACCCGGAGAGAGAGACUAAAGCUGCUGCUGGACCCCGCUCUGUAUACGUGCCCACGAUCACGGAUAUGCUGACUGUAGGCUGGUGGGCCUCCACUGCGGUCUGGUCAGUUCUGCAGCAGCUACUUCUCAGUCUGACUCUCCCAAAUAUAGUGGGAACAGUGUACUCGGAGGAUGACCUCUCGGAUGCGUUCUCCAAAGAGAGCUGUAUCACCGAACAGACUCAGUAUUUCUUUGAGAACGAGAACAAAUCUUUCUCUGGAGCUAUGGACUGUGGAAACUGCUCCAGAAUGUACCGGGCGGAGAAGCUUCCAAACACGAAUUUGGUAUUUUUGAUCUCUGACGCAAAGAGUUCCUGCCUCUCCUGCGAUCCCAAACCGCUGAGACAAGCCGAACAGCCCUCUACUGGUCCUGAUCCAUGUGUGCUGGCCCAGAACCCUCGGUACAGGAAAGGGCCAGACGUCUGCUUUGACAACAACGCGGAUGAGGACGCGACCGACUGUGGUGGUGGCUGCAGUUUGAGUCCGUCUCUCUGGCCGAUGGUGGGUCUUCAGCUUCUUCUACUCUGGCUGCUUACUGGAACCAGAACCUAUUUGUCCUGACCAGAGCAAAUCUCCAGACUAGAAACAACUAAUGACUGAGUUGCUUAUUAUACAGACCACAACAUAACCACACAUCGACUAUACGACCUACGAUUGUUUGUUAGUCAGCCCAUAACAAUACAACUUAUGCAGUUACAAACUCUACUGUAAAACUGACCCGAGGACUCAACUCACUGCCAAAUACUGCCCUCUCAGACCAACCUGAAACAGCAACACAGCCAGACACGAGAGACGUAUAUACUGUAUGCUUACUUUUUGACUUUGGAACACAGAACCACAUUAUGAUCACAGAAUGGUUCAUGUAAAAUGUUUAGUGCCAUAAACAGGCUAAUAUAAUCAGAGAUGGCUCAUAGCACCAGCCUGGAUAUGAAGCAGGGUAUAAUGGGACAGGAAAGACUGUUCAGCUCUGGUUUCUGAAUUUCUCAUUAUGAAUUCAGCUCGAAAUCAGCUUUGCACCAGUAGUAGGUCAGUGAUGUUAUUAUUAUUAUUUUUAUUUUUUUCUUGUAUGUGCAGUAUGGGAAAUUUCAUGAAGAAAUGUCAUUAUGUAUUAGAUUUCAGAAAUUUACAUUUUAAAAUAUUAUUUUGCAUUUCACAUUACAAAAAACAUUUUGGGAGAAAACAAAGUCACAAAAUCUUAGAUUUAGUAUAAAUGUUCUUCAUACAGAUUUAUUAUUAUUAUUAUUAUUAUUAUUAUUAUUAUUAUUAUUAUUAUUAUUAAUUUAAAAAAAAAAUUCAGGUGACAUGAUCUGGACAUUUCUUUGCAGUUUUUGUGCGAUUCACCCUGUAUGAAUUUUGAUUUAUGCAAAUGUUAUCAUUAUUUUUGCUAGGUAUUUUGGGCUUAGUGUUCUUUUGUUGCUGAUUAUGAACCUAGAUCAUCUGAGGUAACUGUAAGCAUCUGAUAUAAACGUUAGAAAAAAGUGCCAUGUUGAAUGUCAUGAUUUGCUAAGGAAAAUUUCAUAUGCGAUCAAACUAUAUAUGAUUGCAUCAUCUGAAGUGAAAUGCAGACGACUCCAAAGUCUGAACAGGCUCCAAUUAGUAUAGCAAAGGCUUUUUUUGUUGUGUCAGAAGUCACACGCUUGCGUCUAAGUGUCCAGAGCAUGCUGAAUAUGCUUUGUACUCUCCCCAUCCUGUCCACAGGGCCCCUGCUAUCAGACGAUUGCGUGUUUUACUGUAUGUCGUCCAGAUACUUCAUCUGUCAGAUUUUGUUCCAGCACUACAGACAUGAUAUCACAAGCGUGUCAGCUAUUACAUCCACAUGUUGAACCGCUAUGUGAAAACAUAGCACAUGACAGGUUAUAAAAAUGCUCAACCCUGGAGAAUUGUGCAUUUAUGAUGGAUGAAUGUUUGUAUGUUUGUUUUAUUUAUUUAUUUGAUAGAAGGUCCGUGCAUGAGAUUAGAUGGUAUCAAUCAAAGCUAUUGCCAAUGGGGGAACAUUUCCGUGUUCCUUUGAAUGUUCUGGAAGAAGAACAAAAACCAAUGGCAAUGCCUAGAGCUCUGAAAAAUGAAAUAUUUAUCCAUUACAAGUCAAAAGCCAAGUAUCCAGAAAUAAAAUAACAUGCUUCUCUUUCCAUUUCAGAUAAGUUUUAACAUUCGAUGGCUUAAAAGCUUUGUCUAUUCUAAAAUAUAAACUUGCAAUCAGUGUUGAGUUCUACGGCUUUUUGUUCAUACAAAAAAAAAAAAAGUAAAUUAUGAUUGCUUAAUUACACACUAUGGAGCUUUAUAGAUUUUUUUUAAAGCUUUUUUGAUGAAGAGGCUGUUAAAGUGACGUAAUUACAGUGAUAAAAUUAAAUGCAACUGAAUUUAAAGGCGGAAGGUUUAAAGUCAUAGUUAUUGCCAAAUGACAAUGAAAUGUAAAGAAACGCUCAAGGUAGAUUUAUAAUAAGUGUGUGUUUAGUUUACUGGAUAUCCAUGAAUAUCGCUCGCACCUGUGUGUCCACGUCAGACUUUUUCCUUCGGAAUCAGAUGCAUUUUUCUUUCUGUCUUCACUGAUGUAGCAUUGAGUUACAGACCUAAAUAUGCAGGGCAUUUAUGAAUCAUUACAGACGUUUUUGGACUCCUCAGAGACUUUCGGGGUCUGGAUUUCUCAUCUCAGGCCUGGGGUGGAGGACAUAGGAUGUAACAUUUAAAUACCUCACUAAACGACAACGUGAGAUGCGAUUUGAUUCAAGAGAGCUGAACUAACUCCCCUCUUUACAAACUAUACCAGGUUUAAAAUGCCAGCGAAAUGUAUAGAAACCCCGCAGAGGCCACUUCACCGUUCGAAUGCAAAUUGAUCCCAUGCCUUGUCCGACAAAGAACGUCCGCAAAACAUGAAACAGGUUAAUGAAAUGAUUAUGCUAAAACUAAAAACUUGAAAUCUGGCAGUGCCUACACGGUUAGUCAAGAAUAGUGAAUUACCUAUAAGUAGCAUUCAGCUGGGGAUUUUAUUGGCCCGUUUCUAAACAAAGUGUUUUCAUAUGUUCUGAAUCAUAAUGGUGUACAAGAGAUUUAUAUUUUUGCUUUUAAU